AUGCGCGAACGAGCUCUCUAUGGCUAGCUGAAGAAAGAAAGCGCAUCCUGGUUCGCGUCACCUUGUACGUCUAUGGUCGAGAGCGAACGAUAGAGUAGCUCGGGGAGAAAGGCAGGAUGGCGGCUCUAAUGGUUCGGCGCUUCUUGCUGCUGCCCGGCUGUCUCUCCCGCUCGCCCAAGUGUGGCUACCGCGGGGAUUCUCCGUCUGAUUCUGGGAAGGACCUGCUGGAGAUCCCGCUCCCUCCCUGGCAGGCUCGGCCACACGAGCCCCUGGCGAGCAAGCGCGCCAGGCUCUUAUACGAGAGCCGCAAGAGAGGCAUGUUGGAGAACUGCCUGCUGCUCAGGUGGGCGGAGCGGUUUUGCUUCUCUCCUUCCCAGCCGGCGUACAGUUUAUUUGCCAAAGAGAAUCUGAAUCAAAUGAAUGAACAACAACUGGACCUUUAUGACCGCCUAAUAAAUGAGCCAAGCAAUGAUUGGGACAUAUACUCCUGGGCAACAGAAACAAAGCCUGCUCCAGAAAUCUUUGAGAAUGAAAUCCUACAGAUGCUUAGAGAGUUUACUAAAAACAAGCACAGAGAGAAGAGACUACGACAACCAGAUCUGGAAUAUCUUGCUGAAGGCUCCCACUGAUCUUGUGUGCAUUUCCAUAAAUGCCCAGUUCGGAGAAUCCUUUAAAAUGUAGAAUCAUAUUUGUGCUUCAUGGGCUCCUCUUAAACUAUGUUAUGCCUAAUCUGCGAAUUCUCAUAUAAGUAGCUAUUUUUUCUGUAUUGUACUGCUCUGAAAUAAAGCUGCUUUUUUUCCUCGACAGAA